GCGGAUCCGGAUAUGACGUCAGAGAUGUUCAUUGACCAAAAAAUAAUAAUUAGAAAGCAUCUUUGAGUAAGCUAGCUAGUUGUCAAAAAUAUUAUACCUUUCUGGAUAUUUUUAGAAUUGCAGCCUCAAAAAAGGUAAACUCUUAUGCAUUUACAUUGGCCAGCUUGCUUAUAUGCUCACCAGUCAUAAUAUUAGGGCGACCCACCUAGCUAGCUAGCAACAACCGCUAGCUGCUAAAAUAGAUAGCUUAGAUAGCUAGCUAGCUAACUUUAGUUUGCUUGAUUUUGCACCUCAUCAGAUGUUUUUCUCUUUAUCUUAAUUUCUUUAGGAAAUUGAUUUUUGCGUAACUUAAGUUAGACUGGUUUUGGGUUUACAAUUUAAUAUCCAUUGGAAAGUAGGUUACUAAGCUACUCGGUAGCAUUUUGGAAAAGUGAGUUUGCAGGGUUGGUAGCUCUGGGUCCAGUGUUUCAACUAGAUAGCACAGCCUCAAAAUCAAUUAGGCUAUAUCGUAAACAUUUAUGAAAACAAACAUUUGCUUUUUGUUUUUAAUUUGAGGUUGGGUGUAAGGUUAGCAGUGUGGUUAGGGUUAGGUUUAAAAUUAGAUUUUAAGAAGAUUAAUUGUAGAAAUAGGCGGGGUUUAUGACUUUGUGGGUGUGUUAAGAACCUGGUCCAGGGUGUAGCGCACGAACGGGACCAGAGCUUCAGGGACAGGAUUGUGGUUGCAAAAUUCCGGGAAUUUUCGAAUACCCUGGUUUCCCGAUAUCACGGUUGGAGGAUUCCAGGGAUCAGAAGGGAAUAAGCAGGAAAUCCGUAUAUCUCCAACCAGGAUUUCUGGUACUGGGAAACCAGGGAAUUUAUUUUAAAUUCCUGGAAUUUUGCAACCCUAGUUGGGAUCAAUUCCAUAAAAAUUUAGGAGAUUAGGUAAUUGCAAUUUCAAUUCAAUAUUAAAUUAAAUUGCCAUUUCUUGUUGCUUAUUGAGGAUUUUUUCAGUGCUUUGAGGUGCAAUUUGGACCCGUUCUUUCUAAAAUUAGCCGCGGAAAUUGUCGCAACCCCUAUUACUAGCCUGUUCAACCUCUCUUUCGUAUCAUCUGAGAUCCCCAGAGAUUGGAAAGCUGCCGCGGUCAUCCCCCUCUUCAAAGGGGGUGACACUCUAGAUCCAAACUGUUACAGACCUAUAUCCAUCCUGCCCUGCCUUUCGAAAGUAUUUGAAAGCCAAGUUAACAAACAGAUCCCCCACCAUACCUUCUCCACUAUGCAAUCUGGUUUCCAAGCUCGUCAUGGGUGCACCUCAGCCACGCUCAAGGUCCUAAACGAUAUAAUAACCGCGAUCGAUAAAAGACAGUACUGUGCAGCCGUCUUUGUCGACCUGGCCAAGGCUUUUGACUCUGUCAAUCACCAGAUUAUUAUUGGCAGACUAAAUAGCCUUGGUUUCUCAAAUGACUGCCUCGCCUGGUUCACCAACUACUUCUCAGAUAGAGUUCAAUGUGUCAAAUCGGAGGGCCUGUUGUCUGGACCUCUGGCAGUCUCUAUGGGGGUGCCACAGGGUUCAAUUCUCGGGCCGACUCUAUUCUCUGUGAAUAUCAAUGAUGUCGCUCUUGCUGCUGGUGACUCUCAGAUCCACCUCUACGCAGACGACACCAUUUUGUAUGCAUCUGGCCCUUCAUUGGACACUGUGUUAACAAACCUCCAAACGAGCUUCAAUGCCAUACAACACUCCUUCCGUGGCCUCCAGCUGCUCUUAAACGCUAGUAAAACUAAAUGCAUGCUCUUCAAUCGAACGCUGCUUGCAACCGCCCGCCCGACUAGAAUCACUACUAUCGGCGGGUCUGACUUAGAAUAUGUGGACAACUACAAAUACCUAGGUGUCUGGUUAGACCGUAAACUCUCCUUCCAGACUCACAUUAAGCAUCUCCAAUCCAAAGUUAAAUCUAGAAUCGGCUUCCUAUUUCGCAACAAAGCCUCCUUCACUCGUGCUGCUAAACAUGCCCUCAGAAAACGGACUAUCCUACCGAUCCUUGACUUCGGUGAUGUCAUUUACAAAAUAGCUUCCAACACUAUACUCAGCAAAUUGGAUGUAGUCUAUCACAGUGCCAUCCGUUUUGUCACCAAAGCCCCAGCCCCAUAUACUACCCACCACUGUGACCUGUACGCUCUUGUUGGCUGGCCCUCACUACAUAUUCGUUGCCAAACCCACUGGCUCCAGGUCAUCUAUAAAUCUCUUCUAGGCAAAUCCCCGCCUUAUCUUAGCUCAUUGGUCACCAUAGCAACACCCACCCGUAGUAUGCGCAGGUAUAUCUCACUGGUCAUCCCCAAAGCCAACACCUCCUUUGGCCGCCAUUCCUUCCAGUUCUCUGCUGCAAAUGACUGGAACGAACUGCAAAAAUCUCUGAAGCUGGAGACACUUAUCUCCCUCACUAUCUUUAAGCAUCAGUUGUCAGAGCAGCUUACCAAUCACUGUACCUGUACACAGCCCAUCUGUAAUUAGCCCACCCAACUACCUCAUCCCCAUAUUGUUAUUUACAUCGUUAUUUAUUUUGCUCAUUUGCACCCCAGUAUCUCUAUUUGCACAUCAUCUUCUGCACAUCUAUCACUCCAGUGUUAAUACUAAAUUGUAAUUAUUUUGCACUAUGGCCUAUUUAUUGCCAUACCUCCAUAACUUACCACAUUUGCACACACUGUAUAUAGAUUUUCUAUUGUGUUAUUGACUGUACGUUUUGUUUAUUCCAUAUGUAACUCUGUGUUUGUUGUUUUUAUCGCACUGCUUUGCUUUAUCUUGGCCAGGUUGCAGUUGUAAAUGAGAACUUGUUCUCAACUGGCUUACCUGGUUAAAUAAAGGUAAAAUAAAAUAAAAAAUUCUAACAAGCAUUGUAAACUUCUUACAAAUUUAAAUGUAAGCAUCAUGUAACCUUGCUCUCCAGAAGCCAAGAAAGCAUUCUCCCUUAUCCCUAGAGUUCUCAGAUGUAAGUGUCGCCCACACUCUGUUUUAACAUUUAGAAAUGUUAAUAGCCCUCACUUGCGAUAUGGUUUUGGAAAUAUAGAACCCUCUACUUUCACAUCACAUAAAAAUAAUUUCACAAAUGCAAAAUAUACAUGUACUGUACACUGUUGUAACCAGUUUUAGCAGUUGCAGCAGCCAACAGUAUUUUUUUACAACACUUUUCUGGCAUCCUUCUUCCGUUACACAGGUGUUCGGAGCCCGCUAGAUAGAUCAUUAGUACAGGUGGUCGAUCGCCUCUGUCUUCCGUAAACAAGCAUUGUAACAUGGAGCUAUGACGAUGUGGGAACCCUAACCUUAUAAAUGUGUGUGUAGUAAUUUAACCGUUAGUUAAAAAUAUAUAUUUCUCACUGAUAUGAAAGAUAAGGUCCUAAUGUUUCCAAAACUGUACUGCAAGCAAUGCGUGUUAACGUUCAGACCCUUCCCUCCCGGGACAGAAGAUGCCUUCGUUAAUAGACACUAGAGUUGGUGUCUAUGGCUACGUGUAACCAAGACUGUGUGACACUGACAGGUGGAGAUGAGUGCAGAGGCGGCGGACCGUGUGGCUGUGAGCGGCAGCCGGCCGAGCACUCCUCCUCAGACCUCCUGGUUCGAGUUUCUCCUGGAUGAGAUGCUGCUGGAGAACCACCUCCAGAAGUCCCAUCCAGGUCUGCCGAAAGAAAGAGAGAGAAUCCUCUCUGAAUAUUGGUCCAGAUCUGAUUGGCAUAACCAUAUUGGUAGCAGUGAUUGAACUUACACAUGAGUGGACUCAAACUCGACUGGUUUGUUUGAAAACGUAUAUAAAUAUGUUUCCCUCCCUCAGAUCCUGUUCCAGUGCAGCUUGUCAUCCAGUUCCUUGAACAAGCGGCCAAGCCCUCUGUGAACGAGCAGAAUCAAGUCCAGCCUCCUGCAGACAAUCGCAGGAACCGCACUCUGAAGCUGUUGGCUCUUAAAGUAGCAGCACACAUGAAGUGGGAUCUAGAUGUAUUGGAGAAAGGGUAAGUGUGGCGUAGAAACAUCUGUUUGCAGUGACUUUUUAUUCGAGAAUUUGUUGUUAUUCCAUUACCCUGAAAAGUUAGGAUAGUAGUUCGGUUUUUGUUUGUUUUUAUGUAGGUGUCUCAUAUUGAAUUGACACAUCCUUUUUCCCUCCUUAGCUUGACUAUCCCUGUGUUGAACAUGCUGCUGAAUGAGCUGCUGUGUGUGAGUAAGGUUCCACCUGGAGUGAAACAUGUUGACCUGGAUCUGUCCACCUUGCCUCCCACCACUGCCAUGGCUGUCAUCAUCUACAACCGCUGGUGAGAAUGGGCACUGGAGAACACUUUCUGCAGAAAAGGAUUGAUUGUACUGUAUAAUGGACCACCAGGUUGACAUAAUUCUGUCAUUUCUAAUAAUUGUAUCCAUAUUUUGACUCUCAAAGGGCCAUACGAACCAUUGUGUUGAGUAGUUUUCCAGAAAAACAGACCAAACCUGGGCCUCAUCAGAUGAACAUGUAGGUUCUUUGGUUCUCCUUCUACUUUCAGAACUAAAUUGGUAUUGCUGUACGUAUGACAAGAUUUUCAUCAGUACAGCAUUAUAUUCAUUUUCCAUGUUGUCUAUAGGUUGAAUAUUGUGCAGCAGGAGAAAGAGCUAACUGAAAACAUCCUGAGCGUGGUGAGUGCUAUUUUCCUUAGGUCAUAUUAGACAACAGAACACCAUUUUAAAACAUGAGUGAAUGCCCUGAGGGAUUACAUGGUGCUGUGUCACUGUCUCCUAUUGCAGUUGAAAGAGCAGGCAGCGGACUCUAUCAUGGUGUUAGAGGGUGCUCUGGGGCUGAAGAAGGACUUCUACAUCCAUACCCUGAGGACUCUGGACCUGCUGGCUGCCGACCCCAGUACUACUAACGGGGAAACGGAGUCCUCCACAGCAGGCCUUAGGAUCAGUGCUGAUGAGCUGCACUGUCAGGUGGGUAGACUCACAGAGACUAUUAAAUUACUAUAUUAUUAUAUAUAUAAUUAUUGUUUAAUAUAUGUCCUAUUAAAGUUAUAUAUGUCAUUCUAUGGGUAGACUACUCUAAAUAGAAGAUUCUCCUAUUGGAUGCAGUAUGGCCAGAGAGAACGGCUCACAGAGCUCAAGCUCUUGGUAAAGAACGUCUUGUGUUCUACAGGUGCAUUACGAUUUGGGAGGUAUUUUCUUUCAACAAGGCUGCUCAGACCAACUGGCAUAUGAGAAGGCCAGAGAGCAUUUUCAACAAACAAGGGAGUUGCUGUUGAAGGUUCAGUAUUAAGCUGUAGUUGUUGUUAUAUUUUGCUUUAGUAGUUUCAUGGUCACUUGCACUAAAAUAUAUUCAAAAACAUAUCUUACAUUUGGUCUGACUUUGAUUCAAUUUGAUUUGAGUGUUUGUAUUUGUGUUAAUGUUGCUCAUCACUGUAGCUCUGCUGUUCUUGUAUUGCAGUUCGACUUCACGCUUCACGUUCACCUGGAUGAGAAGCGUCUUGCUGGGUACUGGAACGCCUGCAGGGCCCUGACUGGAGCCUCGGACCCCAGUGACACCCAGCUAAACCCCUACGGACAGAUCAACAGCCUCAUCAGAACUCAGAACUACCAGGUCAGUCAGCCUGGAAAAAAUAAAUACAAAAAUGCAACAAGCUAAAAAACUACUUAGCACCAAUGUAGACUGUGCCCUGCUGAUGAUGGUAGAAAAUGUUUUCUCCUGCGGUUUAGGCAUUAUGUAAGGAACUGAAAGCCACACAAUCAGUAAUUUUGUGAAUAAUUAUUUAUUUGUUUUUCUUGCAUGUCCUAGACAAUUACAGUUUCACGAUAUUAAUAUGUACAGUUCAAUAGGGGGAAAACAAACAAAAUCUCAAAACUAAAACAACAUCAUACAAAUUAAAAAGGACAAAACUAAAUAGAUUAAAGACAAAACAUUUCAGUAUUUCCAAAUUAAAACUGUUAAAAUGUAAUUCUCAAAGCCUACCAACCCAGAGCCACAUAGCAUUGCCCUGCUCUGCCUUUUUCCUAUCUCACAUUGUUGUUAAAUUAGCUCUUGCAAGUGGGAGAUUGCAUGUGACCAAUUGACCAAAGUUUUGGGCUUGGCCCUACGCAGACUGGCAGUGGAUCUUUCCAGCUGCGCAAUGUCCAAGUACAUAAGCAACCAACAUCUGCAAAGGGCAAUACCCGGUUUAAAUACCUUGCUGUUAAUGCAGCCAUAACAAUCCGCCUCUCUUGACAAGAUCAUUAAUUGCUACGGCUACAACCCAGCAGGAGGAGGGAUGGGCAAACAGGUAGGUUCCUGACAAGAAUACCAUUUAAAACACAAACAACAUAAACCCAAAGAGACUUUACCGGUACACGCUCCAAAACAUAUGCCCACCUCAGAUUGGGUAUAUUUAUUACUUACAUCACUGUCCAAAAGCUUCAUUUUGAACCUUCGCUCUGGGGUUAAAUAAAGCCUUUGAGCGAAUUUGCAAUUAAUAAAUUGAUGGCCAACGCUCUUAGAAAAGGCAAAAAUAUUGCCCCAUAUCGUGGUCCAAUCCCAUUCAAAUCCUGCACUUUGUAGUUCCUUCUCCCAGAUCUCCAUAACAGGUAGAUGUUUUAUAUUAUGAGUCACUAGCCUAUCAUAUAGUGAGGACGGCAUUCCGGCUUUCCCUGGACAUGAAAGUGGUUUCAGUAAAGAGUGGGAGCUUGGUUUGGUGUCCCAUGGUACACCAUAGGUUUUCAAUCAAGAAGAACCAGGGAGAGAAUGACUCUUUCAGAUCUUGAAAGCAACAAAGCCCUUGCAGGUUGAAGAUAAACUUUAAAACAAGAAUGUCUUGCUUAGACCACGGAGGGAAUGUAAACGGCAUAAAGCCAGAUAAAAUAAAAUUGUUAUUCCAAAUAGGACAUAACUCAUGGAAAUUGCAAGUUGUGCCCAGAUAAUUAUUGAUUUGGUACCAAACAGUCAAUGUAUUUUUAAAAAUAAUAGAUCCCAUAAAAGAUUAGGCAGUUUUUUUUUGCUUUAUCCCAGAAGAAGGAAGGUCCUGAAUUCUAAUUGGGUGAGACUUGGCCUCCUCUAUUUUCCGCAAAGGGACAUCAGAUGAAGAGUCAUGCCAAAUAGUCAAUGACCUCAGCUGAAAUGCCCAAUAGUAGAGUUUAAAGUUGGGUAAAGAGAGCCUUCCAAACUUUUUUGGGCAUUGUAAGGUGGAGUCUAAUUCUAGGACGUUUCCCAUUCCAAAUGAAAUUUCUCACCAAGAUAUCUACAGUUGAAGUCGGAAGUUUACAUACACUUAGGUUGGAGUCAUUAAAACUCGUUUUCAACCACUCCACAAAUGUCUUGUUAAUAAACUAUAGUUUUGGCAAGUCGGUUAGGACAUAAUUUUUCAAACAAUUGUUUACAGACAGAUUAUUUCACUUAUAAUUCACUGUAUCACAAUUCCAGUGGGUCAGAAGCUUACAUACACUAAGUUGACUGUGCCUUUAAACAGCUUGGAAAAUUCCAGAAAAUGAUGUCUUGGCUUUAGAAGCUUCUGAUAGGCUAAUUGACAUUAUCUGAGUUAUUGGAGGUGUACCUGUGGAUGUAUUUCAAGGCCUACCUUCAAACUCAGUGCCUCUUUGCUUAAAACAAAUUGUAGACCUACAUAAGUCUGGUUCAUCCUUGGGAGCAAUUUCCAAAUGUCUGAAGGUACCACGUUCAUCUGUACAAACAAUAGCACGCAAGUAUAAACACCAUGGGACCAUGCAGCCGUCAUACCGCUCAGGAAGGAGACGCGUUCUGUCUCCUAGAGAUGAACGUAUUUUGGUGCAAAAAGCGCGAAUCAAUCACAGAACAACAGCAAAGGACCUUGUGAAGAUGCUGGAGGAAACAGGUUCAAACGUAUCUAUAUCCACAGUAAAACGAGUCCUAUAUCGACAUAACCUGAAAGGCCGUUCAGCAAGGAAGAAGGCACUGCUCCAAAACCGCCAUAGAAAAGCCAGACUAUGGUUUGCAACUGCACAUGGGGACAAAGAUCGUACUUUUUGGAGAAAUGUCCUCUGGUCUGAUGAAACAAAAAUAGAACUGUUUGGCCAUAAUGACCGUUGUUAUGUUUGGAGGAAAAAGGGGGGAGCUUGCAAGCCGAAGAACACCAUCCCAACCGUGAAGCACGGGGGUGGCAGCAUCAUGCUGUGGGGGUGCUUUGCUGCAGGAGGGACUGGUACACUUCACAAAAUAGAUGGCAUCACGAGGAAGGAAAAUGUAUGUGGAUAUAUUGAAGCAACAUCUCAAGACAUCAGUCAGGAAGUUAAAGCUUGGUCGCAAAUGGGUCUUCCAAAUGGACAACGACACCAGGCAUACUUCCAAAGUUGUGGCAAAAUGGCUUAAGGACAACAAAGUCAAGGUAUUGGAGUGGCCAUCACAAAGCCCUGACCUCAAACAUAUAGAAAAUGUGUGGGCAGAGCUGAAAAAGUGUUUGCGAGCAAGGAGGCCUACAAACCUGACUCAGUUACACCAGCUCUGUCAGGAGGAAUGGGCCAAAAUUCACCCAACUUAUUGUGGGAAGCUUGUGGAAGGCUACCCGAAACGUUUGACCCAAGUUAAACAAUUUAAAGGCAAUGCUACCAAAUACUAAUUGAGUGUAUGUAAACUUCUGACCCACUGGGAAUGUGAUGAAAGAAAUAAAAGCUUAAAUAAAUCACUCUACUAUUAUUCUGACAUUUCACAUUCUUAAAAUAAAGUGGUGAUCCUAACUGACCUAAGACAGGGAAUUUUUACUAGGAUUCAAUGUCAGAAAUUGUGAAAAACUGAGUUUAAAUGUAUUUGGCUAAGGUGUAUGUAAACUUCAGACUUCAACUGUAUAUCCCUAAGUAUGUGAUCCUCAUUAAUAUUGUACGUCAGUCAUUAUAUAAGGGAUAUAUUGGGAGACAAACUGUUCUCUGCAUAGGUACUGAUUUCAUCACAGUGUUGUGUUUACAUUGUUUCGGUUGUAUUGUGUCUGUGUGGGAUGAUUGUGUUGCAACAGCCUAGUUUAUCUUUGUGUUUUUUAGUCUCAAGUUGGAUGAAUUUCAUCUUGAAUAAUUCCAUGUCUGUGAGGAUGCAUUUGACUGUGACACGGGUAGAUUUUAUAUCAGUGCGCAUUUCAAGUAAAGAGUAUUUUAGGUCACCAAGCUUUCCCGAAAAGAGUUAAGAUAAAACCGACUCAUCCUUGCCGGGGAGUUGCGUCCCUGUAGCCCCAAAUACAGAAAGUGUUUAGUGGGGAACGCCGUCUGCAAGCGACAUCCUCGAUUUCUUAUCUUCUUGAUUUGUAGACUGGGUAGUCAGGUCCAACAUAUCGAUAUUUCUCUUCGGUGGCGUUUCAGUGUUCAUCCUUGUUUGUGAUUAGUUAAGAGAUGAUCAAAAUAACGAUAGAAAUAGCAUUUUAAAAGUUUGCACCAGCGUGAGCAAAACUCCACCAUCUUGCUCAGUAACCGGAAGUCUUUGAAGUAAUUGAAGCCUCUCUUCUUUUCCUCAGGCUCUUGUAGAGGCUUUCAUCAAAGACAAUGUGUCACUCAGCUUGCCCAACCACCUCAGACAGUCUGUCCUGAGGGAGUUUUUGCACAAAGUCCAGCAAGGGUGAGAACACUUUUGGUGGUUAAAUCAUUCAACCCAGAAUAAAAAUUGUUUUUUUUUUUUUUUUUUUUUUUUGUCAUUUAGCAGACGCUCUUAUCCAGAGCGACUUACAGGAGCAAUUAGGGUUAAGUGCCUUGCUCAAGGGCACAUCGACAGAUUUUUCACCUAGUCGGCUCGGGGAUUAGAACCAGGGACCUUUCGGUUACUGGCACAACGCUCUUAACCACUAAGCUACCUGCCGCCCUGGUAUCUUUGACGUGUACUAUACACCACUUAACUGUUUUAGGCGUAAAUAUUUUUCUUAGAUAACCAAAUGUAUUGAAAUGAGGCAAAUCAGUCUUGAUUGCUAGCAAGAAAUCCCAGCAUUAAGACGUUUAAAUGUUUGGCAGUGUUAUGUUAAUUCUCUGUUUUCAUGGUGUACACAGGGAGAGGGGCCUGGACGAGGUGUGUCACAAGCUUUGCGUGUGCAAUGCUGUUCGAGACGCCCUGCAAGGGGAGGUCCUCAGUGUGCGUUUUCAGCAGCUGCUCCACAAGCCUAGAAAACACGUGGUGGACUUUAUGCUAGAGGUACAACUACAAACUCAUAGCCUGGUUAAAACACAAUAAAUGCUGUGCUUACCAUUGUUUCAGUCUGGUUUAACCAGGCUAACAAACCCACUCUUCUCAAUGAAAACGGAAUUUCUAUCUAUAAAUCUACAUUUAAACUGUGUUUCCUCUUACAGGUAUGCACAAGGUCAUUAGACAAGGACCAUUCAUCAGAGACGUCCAAGAGGAAGAUGGUUAUUUUUCUAAAGUGCGUAGGAUUGAGUUGAUUAACUUAGAUUAGAGACAUUUUGUAAGCUUGUAAUAACUGCAGAUCUAAUGUGUUGGUCUAGCUUGUUGAUGGUGAGCAGUAUGCCAAAUGCUGAUACCUGUCCUGACAUUUGAUGCCUCCCCAUCAUAGACAUGCAUACAGUGGGGAAAAAAAGUAUUUAGUCAGCCACCAAUUGUGCAAGUUCUCCCACUUAAAAAGAUGAGAGGCCUGUAAUUUUCAUCAUAGGUACACGUCAACUAUGACAGACAAAUUGAGAUUUUUUUUUCCAGAAAAUCACAUUGUAGGAUUUUUUAUGAAUUUAUUUGCAAAUUAUGGUGGAAAAUAAGUAUUUGGUCACCUACAAACAAGCAAGAUUUCUGGCUCUCACAGACCUGUAACUUCUUCUUUAAGAGGCUCCUCUGUCCUCCACUCGUUACCUGUAUUAAUGGCACCUGUUUGAACUUGUUAUCAGUAUAAAAGACACCUGUUUGAACUUGUUAUCAGUAUAAAAGACACCUGUCCACAACCUCAGUCACACUCCAAACUCCACUAUGGCCAAGACCAAAGAGCUGUCAAAGGACACCAGAAACAAAAUUGUAGACCUGCACCAGGCUGGGAAGACUGAAUCUGCAAUAGGUAAGCAGCUUGGUUUGAAGAAAUCAACUGUGGGAGCAAUUAUUAGGAAAUGGAAGACAUACAAGACCACUGAUAAUCUCCCUCGAUCUGGGGCUCCACGCAAGAUCUCACCCCGUGGGGUCAAAAUGAUCACAAGAACGGUGAGCAAAAAUCCCAGAACCACACGGGGGGACCUAGUGAAUGACCUGCAGAGAGCUGGGACCAAAGUAACAAAGCCUACCAUCAGUAACACACUAUGCCGCCAGGGACUCAAAUCCUGCAGUGCCAGACGUGUCCCCCUGCUUAAGCCAGUACAUGUCCAGGUCCGUCUGAAGUUUGCUAGAGUGCAUUUGGAUGAUCCAGAAGAGGAUUGGGAGAAUGUCAUGUGGUCAGAUGAAACCAAAAUGUAACUUUUUGGUAAAAACUCAACUCGUCGUGUUUGGAGGACAAAGAAUGCUGAGUUGCAUCCAAAGAACACCAUACCUACUGUGAAGCAUGGGGGUGGAAACAUCAUGCUUUGGGGCUGUUUUUCUGCAAAGGGACCAGGACGACUGAUCCGUGUAAAGGAAAGAAUGAAAGGGGCCAUGUAUCGUGAGAUUUUGAGUGAAAACCUCCUUCCAUCAGCAAGGGCAUUGAAGAUGAAACGUGGCUGGGUCUUUCAGCAUGACAAUGAUCCCAAACAUACCGCCCGGGCAACGAAGGAGAGGCUUCGUAAGAAGCAUUUCAAGGUCCUGGAGUGGCCUAGCCAGUCUCCAGAUCUCAACCCCAUAGAAAAUCUUUGGAGGGAGUUGAAAGUCUGUGUUGCCCAGCGACAGCCCCAAAACAUCACUGCUCUAGAGGAGAUCUGCAUGGAGGAAUGGGCCAAAAUACCAGCAACAGUGUGUGAAAACCUUGUGAAGACUUACAGAAAACGUUUGACCUGUGUCAUUGCCAACAAAGGGUAUAUAAAAGUAUUGAGAAACUUUUGUUAUUGACCAAAUACUUAUUUUCCACCAUACUUUGCAAAUAAAUUCAUUAAAAAUCCUACAAUGUGAUUUUCUGGAUUUUUUUUUCUCAUUUUGUCUGUCAUAGUUGACGUGUACCUAUGAUGAAAAUUACAGGCCUCUCAUCUUUUUAAGUGGGAGAACUUGCACAAUUGGUGGCUGACUAAAUACUUUUUUUCCCCACUGUAUAUUCAUAUCUUUAUACAUCAUUGUCCCAACUCCCAUGCAGAACCCUGUGUGAGAGCUUGGCAGAGCCCCACCUGGUGUUCGUGGUCACCGCCCACAAGCUGUUCACGGAGCUGCUGAAGGAGGAGGAGAGGAAGAUCCUGGUGGAGCAGAUGAGGAAGAGGUCAGCCACGGUCAACCUCUACGCCAAGCCUCUGCCCUCCUUCUACGACAUCCCAGGUAUGCUGCUAUAUUAUCACUGCUCUCUGGCUAAACACAGGUGCCACACAACAUCACUUCGGCAAGUAUUCAGAGCUCUGAAUGGAAGGGGUGGAGGAGUAGGGGCCAGUAUGUGGAUUCUUAGGAGUUGAUUUAGUAGAUUACUUAUUUAUCAUACCUCUUGUCUGUCUCGCACGGAAAGUUUGCCCUCUUGUUAAGCUAAAGCUCCCAUCAAUGAGUGAUGCAGUCUUCUUUCCCAUGUAUUAUGUUAUGGAUGUGCAUUUCCCUCUGAUCCUGUGCUUGUCCUUCUGUUCCGUGUUGCUCCCCAGCCGCGGCCAGUGUCAACAUUGGACAGCUGGAGCAGCAGCUCAUCCUCUGCCUGGACGCCCGCCGCAUCCGACAGAUCCUCAUUGAGCUGCACGGCAUGGCCGAACGACCCUUCUGGAGGGUUAACAACAAGGUCAGAGUUCAAAGGUCACCACGGCUGGACACACAGACUGCUUCUAUAGUGCCUAUUAUUUUAAAUGGUAGCAGUGAUUUUGUUAGAUUGAUACUUGCCUGAAACUUUAUUAUGUGUAUUUACAGUGGGAAGUACCUCCAGACUAUAUCAAUGUGAUCCUCAACAUCAAAGACAACCUGACCAAGGAUCUGGUGUACAUCCUCAUGGCCAAAGGGCUUCACUGCAUCACUGUAAAGGUCUAUCACUUUCAAAUUCUCCAUAAAAACAUGAGUAUUAUGGAAUAUGAAGUUCAUGGGUCAAUACAAUGUUACUAUUGGUAGAUAGAAGAUGGGAAUGUAUUUCUUGUUAACAAAAUUUGAUUUUGUAAUACUUGUAGGUCCGGUUUCUCAGACACAUAUUAGGCCUAACCCUGGACUAAAAACCGCUUUCUGCUUUUUAGUCCAGGACUAGGCGUAAUCUAUGUCUGGGAAACAAGCCCAUAAAGAACUUGGGUUGAUCUCAUCUUUGUAAUGUUGUUGGUAUCCCAGGACUUUGCCCACACGCGGCAGCUCUUCUCAGCCUGUCUGGAGCUGGUGACGGAGUUCUCUCCUAAGCUAAGGCAGGUGAUGCUGAACGAAAUGCUGCUUCUGGAGGUGCGGGCCCAUGAAACCGGGGCGGCCGAGGGCAGCAAUGUCAGACCCCCACCCGAUCUGGUCAGCAGGGUGCGAGGCUACCUGGAGAUGAGAAUACAUGGUAGGUGAAUGGAGAAACAAUUACUUUACUCAUGAAACGUUCAAGGCAUACAUAAUGAAGCACAUGGAAUUGAAAGUUUGAUUUCAGGCCUCCGGUCCCUCAGCAUUUUGCCAUAUCAGUGUCCUAUAAUAUACAGUUGCGGCCAAAUAUAUUGGCACCCUUGCACUUUUCUUAAAUAAUUCCCUAUUUCUUCUCAAAUAAAUUUACAUUUUAAAAUAUUUGUCACAUUUUCAACACUCCAGAACUUUUCAAUGUUUGUUCUUGAACCAUUCCAGGGUGCUUUUGAUAUGUGUUGGGGGUUGUUGUCCUGCUGGAAUACCCACAACCUUCAACAGAGACACAGGUUUUGGACCCUGGGUUGAACAUUGCACUCCAAAACACCUUGAUAAUCUGCUGAUUUCAUGAUGUCUUGCACACGUUCAAGUCACCCAGUACCAGAGACAGCAAAGCAACCUGGGUCUCCAUUGAAGGUUGUGGAAUGGUUCACCCAGGAAUGGUUCAAGAAGAGAUGCUGGACUGUUAAGUGGGCAGCUCUGAAUCGCAUCCAAAACCUAUGGCGAGGGCCUCCCGAGUGGUGCAGCGGUCUAAGCACUGCAUCGCAGUGUCACUACAGCCUGGGGUUCGAUCCCAUGCUGUGUCAUUACCGGCCCAUGACCGGGAAUCCCAUAGAGCGGUGCACAAUUGGCCUAGCGUCGUCCCGGUUAGGGGAGGGUUUGGCCGAGGGGGCUUUACUUGGCUCAUCGCACUCUAGCGACUCCUUGUGGCGGGCCGGGCGCUUGCAGGCUGACUUCGGUCGUCAGUUGAACGAUGUUUCCGUCCGACACAUUGGUGCAGCUGGCUUCCGGGUUAAGCGAGCGGGUGUUAAGAAGUGCGGUUUGGCGGGUCAUGUUUCAGAGGAUGCAUGACUCGACCUUCGCCUCUCCUGAGCCCGUUGGGGAGUUGCAGCCAUGAGACAAGAUCGUAAUCACGAAAUUGGGUAGUAAAAGGGGGGUAAAAAAAGUAAAACUUAUGGCAAGAUCUGAAAACAGCAGUUGGUGUAGGACACCCCUCAAACAUUGAAGAAUUGGAGCAGUUUGCUGCUAAAAGUGGGCGAAAUUGCCAGUAGAAAGGAGCAGCAAGCUCAUUGAUGGUUACAAGAAGCAUUUGUUGGCAGUUAACUUGGCCAAAGGCUGUGUGACCAAGUACUACCUCUGGGGUGCCAAUAAUUUUGCCCAUGCCAUGUUUUUAUUUUCUAAAUUAAAAUUAUAAACUGAAGUUUACAAAAACAAAAUUGGUUCUACAAUGUUGAACAUUUGGAAUUGUUUAAGAAAAGUACAAGGGUGCCAAUAUAUUUGGCCGCAACUCUAUGUACGACUAUGGUCCCUGUGUGUUUCUUGCCAUUUCCAGAUCUCCCACUGCGCCAGAUAGUAGGGGAGGAGUGUGUGGCCUUCAUGUUGAACUGGAAGGAGAAUGAAUACCUGACACUGCAGGUGCCCCAGCAGCUGGUCAUGAACAACCCCUACAUCAAGGUACAGGCCUCUCAAAGACAGCACGCCGCCUCACUUUCUAUCUGACUUGAAUGUCUGGAGGAUAUAAGAUUGUGUUUAUCCAGUGUUCUGUGACUGAACCAUAUACAAAUAUUUCUGACACACAAAACUACCACAUUGGUUAUUGCUUUGUGAUAUUGAGAGGUAUUCAAUGUUACUUGUGUGCCAGUUAAGUUGUAUUGUGUUCUGCCAAUCGUGGUCUGGUGAUCGACUCAAAUCCUUAGCUUUUAUCUCCUCUACCCCUGUGGCACACCUUUUGACCCCAAUAGCUGGGUCAGCUCUUGGCCUCCACCUGUAAGGAGCUCCCUGGUCCUAAAGAGAGCCGGCGUGCAGCCAAAGAGUUGUGGGAGGUGGUUGUGCAGAUCUGCAGUGUGUCCAACCAGCACAAGAGAAACAGCGACGGACGUGUCAGCCUCAUCAAACAGAGAGAGUCCAGUAUGGGCAUCCUGCAAAGGUAAACGGGCCGGUAGUCAUAGUUGGUCAAUGACCACAUAAGAAUGGAUAAGAUAAACAUGAUUACACUUAGGUUAACUACAGGUUUCUUCACCUGGCUUAGUCCUCAUCAGUUUAUACUGAAAAUUGAGGUAGGCAUCAAUGUGCUAAGUCUCCUUCUUGCUGACGUUUCCCGUAUUGUUUUUAGGAGCCGAUUCAUCACUUUCAUCAAGAAGCUUCGGGAACCACUGGUGCUGACCACCCUUAUCUCGCUUUUCGUGAGGUUUCAUAGCAUAGUGCGGGUAUGUUCGGCCACCUUCCGCACGCUGGUGCAGGCUAUAACGAAACAUGUUCUCUCAUGGUUGAACAAAUUUGCUUCUCUCUACAGGAUGAUAUUGUCAAUGAAGUGACAGCAGAACACCUUGCCAUUUGGCCAUCAACCCUGGCAAAGUAUGAAUACCUGUUUGGUUCUAUAUGGCUACAGAAUGUGGUCCUAUUUUCCAUUGAGUUCCAUUUUUGAGUUUCUAAAAGAUAGUGUCUUCUCACCGUAUGAGUUUAUGAAGACUAUUUACUUUGCUACUCACCCGACAAUAAGGCUAGUUACUGUCUUAGAUAAUGUUUGUCUUCUAGCAUGCAGGCUGUGGAUGUUGAGGCAGUGGCUGUGACAGUUAAAGAGCUUGUGACCUACGCCCUUACACUGAACCCCAACAACCAGUCCUGGCUCAUCACACAGGCUGACAUCUACUUUGGUAAGCAGCACUCAAAUGGUGGUGGAGAACCUAACCAGGGGGCGUAUGUAUCAAGCGUCUCAGAGUAGUGCUGAUCUAGGAUCAGAUCCCCUUUGUCCAUGUGAUCUUAUUCAUUGUGAUCUAAAAGGCAAAACUGGCCAUAAAUCAGCCCUCCUACUCCGAGUCACUUCAUAUACACUGAGUGUACAAAACAUUAUGAGCACCUGCUCUUUCCAUGACAGGCUGACCAGGUGAAUCCAAGUGAAAGCUAUUAUAUCUUAUUGAUGUCACUUGUUAAAUCUACUUCAAUCAGUGUAGAGACAGGUUAAAGAAGGAUUGUUAAGCCUUUAGACAAUGAUUGCGUAUGUGCCAUUCAGAGGGUGAAUGGGCAGACAAAAUAUUUUUGCCUUUGAACGGGGUAUGGUACUAGGUGCCAGAACUGCAACGCUGCUGGAUCUUUCACGCUCAACAGUUUCCCAGGUGUAUCAACAAUUGUCCACCACCCAAAGACAUCCAGCCAACUUGACACAACUGUGGGAAGCAUUGGAGUCAACAUGGGCCAGCAUCCCUGUGGAACGCUUUCAACACCUUGUAGAGUCAAUGCCCAGACGAAUUGAGGCUGUUCUUAAGGGCAAAAAGGGGGGAAAGGGGUGCAACUCAAUAUUAGGAAGGUGUUCUUCAUGUUUUGUACACUGUAUCAGACCCCUUGACUUUCUACACAUUUUUGUUACAUUACAGCCUUAUUCUAAAAUGGAUUAAAUAAUUGUUUUACCUCAAUCUACACACAAUGCACCAUAAUGACAAAGCGAAAACAGGUAUUUAGACAUUUCUGCAAAAAAUAAAAUAAAAAUACCUUAUUUACAUAAGUAUUCAGACCCUUUGCUAUGAGACUCGGAAUUGAGCUCAGGUGCAUCCUGUUUCCUUUGAUCAUCCUUGAUGUUUCUACAACUUGAUUGGAGUCCACCUGUGGUAAAUUCAAUUGAUUGGACAUGAUUUAGAAAGGCACACACACCCGUCUAUAUAAGGUCCGACAGUUGACAGUGCAUGUCAGAGCAAAAACCAAGCCAUGAGGUCGAAGGAAUUGUCCGUAGAGCACAGAGACAGGAUUGUGUCGAGGCACAGAUCUGGGGAAGGGUACCAAAAUAUUUCUGCAGCAUUGAAGGUCCCCAAGAACACAGUGGCCUCCAUCAUUCUUAAAUGGAGAAAGUUUGGAACCACCAAGACUCUUCCUAGAGCUGGCCGCCCGGCCAAACUGAGCAAUCGGGGGAGAAGGGCCUUGGUCAGGGAGGUGACCAAAAACCUGAUGGUCACUUUGACAGAGCUCCAGAGUUCGUCUGUGGAGAUGGUUGUCCUUCUGGAAGGUUCUCCCAUCUCUGCAGCAUUCCACCAAUCAGGCCUUUAUGGUAGAGUGGCCAGACGGAAGCCACUCCUCAGUAAAAGGCACAUGACAGCCCACUUGGAGUUUGCCAAAAGGCAAAGGUGAAGCAUGGUGGUGGCAGCAUCAUGCUGAGGGGAUGUUUUUCAGCGGCAGGGACUGAGGUUAGUCAGGAUCAAGGCAAAGAUGAACGGAGCAAAGUACAGAGAGAUCCUUGAUGAAAACCUGCUUCAGAGCCCUCAGGACCUCAGACUGGGGCAAAGGUUCACCUUCCAACAGGACAACGACCCUAAGCACAUAGCCAAGACAAUGCAGGAGUGGCUUCGGGACAAGUCUCAAUGUCCUUGAGUGGCCCAGCCAGAGCCCAGACUUGAACCCGAUCGAACAUCUCUGGAGAGACCUGAAAAUAGCAGUGCAGCGACGCUCCCCAUCCAACCUGACAGCGCUUGAGAGGAUCUGCAGAGAAGAAUGGGAGAAACUCCCCAAAUACAGGGGUGCCAAGCUUGUAGCGUCAUACCCAAGAAGACAAGGCUGUAAUCGCUGCCAAAGGUGCUUCAACAAAGUACUGAGUAAAGGGUCUGAAUACUUAUGUAAAUUUAAUAUUUGAGUAGUUUAAAAUAAAUUAGCAAAACUUUCUUCAAACCAGUGUUUGCUUUGUCAUUAUGGGGAAUUGUGUGUAGAUUGAGGGGGGAAACAAUUGAAUCAAUUUCAGAAUAAGGCUGUAACGUAACAAAAUGUGGAGAAAGUCAAGGGUUCUGAAUACUUUCCGAAUGCACUGUGCAGGCCCUAGAACAAGUUUAGUGGGUAGCUAGUUGUCACAGUCAAGUAAUUUCCUUCUCCUCCAUUUUGUCUCCCCAGUGACCAACCAGUACUCUGCAGCGUUGCAUUUCUACCUCCAGGCUGGGGCAGUGUGCUCUGACUUCUUUACCAAGGCUGUGGCUCCUGAUGUCUACACUGACCAGGUAGAGAAACAGUCUGGUGUUUUCUGACCGGGGCUGAGUCUCAAAUGGAACCCAUAGGGCUCUGGUCAAAAGUAGUGCACUAUAUAGGGAAUAGAGUGCCAUUUGGCCGCAACCCUGGUGUUUUCUUGUUAAAACCCCCAAGAAUACUGGAUUAUUUGUGACACUGAUCUUUUUUCUUUGCAGGUCCUAAAGAGAAUGAUCAAGUGUUGUUCAAUGCUGAACUGUCACACACAGGUCAGACUUCUUUCCAGAACGUUUAUAAUGGUUCUUAUUCAGUACGUUGAGAUUUGAACUUUGUAAAUGUUACGAUCACGUUGUCUUGCUGAUUAGGUUGCAGUUCUUUGCCAGUUUCUAAGGGAGGUGGACUACAUGACAGCAUUCAAAGCUCUUCAAGAACAGAACAGGUAUGACAUAAUUUAUGGGGAGGGAGGGCCUCGUACACACAGGCAACGAGAUGAUAUUUGGAAGGAUGGCCCUGCGACUAAUAUAGGCCUAUUUGUUCCAUCUCAUCAUUAGUCACGAUGCCAUGGAUUCAUUCUAUGACUACAUCUGGGACGUCACCAUCCUUGAAUAUCUCACACGUAUCCUUUAAUCUUUAGUUAUUUACUUAGCCAUUAUUUUAGCAGGCAAGUUUUUCAAACAAUGUUUACCCCUUGACUGUGCAUGCAUGUAGACAUCCACCAUAAAAGGGGUGAGAGCGAGAAGAGACAAAUUGCUGUAAGUAGAAUCUAUUUCCAUUGAGUACCUUCAUUUGUUAUGGCUUAUCUAGUCUCCGUCGACAGCCAUGCGUCUGGAGAGCCUAGAAACCCAAUCGACUAAACCGUAGGGGUGGUUUUCCGUACAGAUUAAGCUUAAUCCUGGACUAAAACAGGCUGUGGAGAUUCUCAAUUGAAAGUACUUUAAUCUAGGACUAGGUUUAUUCUGUGUUAGGGAAACCGGCCAAAGGUGUUUUGUUUACGCCAUGUAUUGUAUCAAAUCUCUUCUCAGAUUAAAGCGAUUGGACAGACUGAGCUGAAUGCUAGUAACCCCGAGGAAGUUCUGCAGCUGGCUGCACAGAAGAGGAAGAAGAAAUUCCUGCAAGCUAUGGCCAAACUGUACUUUUAGAUAAAACCGGGCCACCAAACGUGUGGG